AUGGAUAAUUAUAACUUGCUUAUUAAAAAUAAAAACUAAAUAGUAGAAUCUAAAAAUGAUGUUAAUGAUAGAGAUAAAAUUUAAAUUGAUUUAUUUAGAGAUAUAAAAAAGAAAAAAUACUCAAAUUUUAACAGUGGUAAUGGUAUGAAAAAAGGAGAUGAAUCAUAAAUAUCACAGUAUUCAAAUAGCAAUCUAGCUAAAGAAAGAUUUUCAGAAACAUAAAAAUCUUUUUUGAAAGGAAAUAAUAGCUUAUCAAAGCUAAGAGAUAUUCAGUCUAGAAAUUAGAGCAGCACAUUUUAAAAUAAUUAAUAAUUCAAUUCUAAAUUAAGAGAAUAGGGUUAACUUUAGGGUAAUCAAAUUUUGAAUGAAAAACUUAAGGAUAAUCAAAAAGAAAUUACAAAUAUAAACUUAAAUGAAACAGUAUUUAAAAGCAAUUCAGCUUAGCAAAAACCAUAGUUUUACUCUUUAUCUCCCCACUCUUUACAAUAACAUUUAAAAAAAGGAACUAUUAUGAAUAUCAUUAAAUAGUGCUAAUCUACCUAAUAUAUAAGUCAAAAGCACAUUACCGAGUUUACAAAAGAAAUAAGGAAUAAACUUCAAAGUUCAACUUUGUACAGUAAAGCAUUAAUGAAAAAAUAAAAAAAUAAAUAAAAUAUAAAAUCAUUCAUCUCUCAAAUAGAUUUUAGUAAUGUACUUAACGAUAAAACAUCAAUCACUUAGUAAGAAACAACUAACCAAGAAUAGCAGUAGCAAAAUAAUUAGUACAGCGAAUUUUCUCAUUAAUUUGAUGAUAAGUGCUCUUUUUAACAUGACUCUGAUAAAAUUGACAAUAAAAAGUCAUUAUAAAAAUUAAAUAACGACAAUAAUAACAUCCUUUGUCAAGAAAAUUUUUAAGCAAAUGAAUCUUUUUAUUCUACAACAUAAAAUAGAUUUAGGUACAAUAAAGAAUUUAAUAAAAGCAGAAAAGUUAAAGAAAGAAUAGCUUUAUCACCUCAAAAUUAAAAAUAAGAAAAUUAAAAUAAGGAUUUUUCCUUUAAUAAUUUUUAAUGUUCUUUAAUUUAGAAAUAGAAUUCUAGAUAAAGCAGUGCAGAGUACAGUAAAUUUAAUCCACACAGCUCUGCUUAAAACUAUACAUUUGAAACUUUUGUUAAUCAUAGUGAAUCAAAAAAUAGAGACUAAUAAAAAGAAAAAAGAUAAUCACUGAACCUAGAUAACUCUAAAAAGAUAAUAAAUAAGGAAUAAUAGCUGCAAACUAAAAGCUACAAUAAAAUAUCAAAUAAAUCAUAGCAUUUGAAAAAUAAUAGCUUGAAUAUGAAUAUGAUUACAGAUUAUCAAUAAUAAUAGUAAUAAAAAUACUAAAUCAACGCAAGCUAAAAAAGUUUUUUGGUUUUAAAUGAUUAGCAGCUGACAGCUAACACACAAAAUAUUUUUACUAGUGUACCUACUACUCUAAGCGAUUAGAAGAAGAGUAUUUUAACUUUCAAUGGUCUAAAUAAAAAUAUUAUUAAAACUUUUAAACUUGAUAAGAUCAUUCAAAACGAACAUGAAAAAAAUUUUAUUAAGCUUGCAUAAAAAUUUGAGUAAAACGUGAAAGAUUUAAAACAGCUAGAUAACUUUUAAAUUAACACAAAUUCUAUUAGAUAUAAUUUAACUUAAAGUUAAUCUGCAAUGGUUAGAAAUAGACAUAAUCAAAGACUGAUCGACCUUUGCAAUCUAAAGAAAAAAAUAAACAUGAGCACAAUAUUAAGGGACAAUCAUAACAAUAAUAACAUUGAAAACGUUUAAAAUUUAAGAAAAAAAAUAGAUAGUUAACAAGCAGAGAGAGAAUAGUCUGAGUAAAAUAAAUAAGAUAUUAGUCUACUCUAAAAUCUACAUAUAUAAUAACUAUAAAAACAUAGUAAGCCCUCUUGA